UUCCAGAGCGUCUCCAGCGGACACACAGGCUGCACAUUCCUCUGUAGGCGCGGUGGACUUUCCCGAGCUGCAGGUUGUUUCGCGUGGGCUGGAAAAAGAGUAGUCUUACCUCCGUGUCAGUGGGCUAAUGACGCUUCUGCUGCUGCGCCUCAGCGACGGGAGCUGGUAGCUGGAGUGGACGGAGGGGACACGGUGGGACAUGGACCGUGAGACGCAGUCAGAGUGUGAACCUGCGCGUUUUCAGAGAGUGUGACGGACUGAUUUGGAGUCUCAUUUCAGUGCUUUUGGUCAUGGCGGGCUGCUGGCAUUGGUGCCACCGCACGUGCAUGUGCUGUCUGUCCGAGGAGGAGAAGAAGACCAUUGCAGUGGACAAAGAGAUCCAGAGGAUCCUCAAGCAGCAGAAGAAGAAGGAGAGAAGGGAGAUUAAAAUCCUCCUGUUGGGUACCGGGGAGAGCGGAAAAACCACCUUCAUCCGACAGAUGAGGAUCAUCCAUGGACGAGGCUUCUCAGAGGAGGAGAGGAGGACCUUUGCCAAAUGCAUCUACCAGAACAUUUUCUCAGCCAUGAAGGCAAUGACGGGAGCCAUGACCACAUUGAAAAUCCCCUACUUCAACCCUGAGAACGAGAUCUAUGCCAAAUGGGUGCAGGAAAUAAACACGGUGCAGAUCUCCCAGAUGGAUCGAGGCUACGCUGACGCAAUCCGCCGACUCUGGGCAGAUUCUGGAAUUCGGGUCUGUUACAGUCGGCGCUGCGAGUACCAGCUGCUGGACUCCACAGAGUACUACAUGAGUAACCUGGACCGCAUCUCUGCCCCAGACUACAUUCCCACGGAGCAGGACGUGCUGCGAGUUCGAUUCCCCACCACGGGAAUCCACGAUUACUCCUUCACCAUCAAGACCAUCACGCUAAGGAUCGUGGAUGUGGGCGGUCAGAAGUCAGAGCGUCGGAAGUGGAUUCACUGUUUUGAAAACGUCACCUCCCUCAUCUUCCUGGCCUCCCUCAGCGAGUACGACCAGGUCCUGGAGGAGAGAGAGACCAUCAACCGUAUGCAUGAGAGUCUGGCUCUGUUCUACACCACCAUCCAUUCUCCGUGGUUCUUCAACACCUCCAUAAUCCUCUUCCUCAACAAGACUGACAUCCUGGCUGACAAAAUCCAGACCUCUGACUUGCAGAAAUAUUUCCCCAGCUUCACAGGUAAGAGGCACAACCCAGAGGAUGCCAAGAUCUUCAUCCGCAAGUUGUACGAGCAGCAGGCCGUCAACCGCGACAACAGAGACAGUUGGAAGACUCUCUACCCGCACUUCACCUGCGCCACAGACACUAACAACAUCCGCAGGGUGUUCAGCGACAUCAAGGACACAGUGCUGCUCAAGUCUCUCAGGGACUACGGAGUCAUCUGAACUUUGACACAUCAGUGAAACACAGUGACUCUGUCUGCACUAUGUACGUCUACUAAUGAAGGCCAAAAUGUUGCGUCUUUUUCUGUAUGUUAUUUUUUUCCUAAAGCCUGGACAAUCAGACCAUCCUUCAUGCUCCUGUCCACCCUCUUCCUCCUCUCCCUCAUCAGGGUUUAAUGAAGAAGCGUGGUGGAGAACAACAGGACAAGUCUGCAAUUUUCUCUCACCUUUGCCACCAUCACUAGCUCGCUCUCUUGUCCUCCUCCUCUCAAGUAGAAAACAUGAAGACGUUUUGGGAGAUUGAAGACAAAACAAGACUUGAAUGACUUUAGUAAUCACCCUCACGUCUCUCAGCCAGGAGCUUUUCCUCCUCAUUUGGAGUGUUUUGGUCAUGCAGUGACUGAAUUGAUCCAUAAUUGUAGCAGGAGCAGAGAUGCUAUGAAGUGCUGUGCUGCCAUUAACGGAGUAAUGACUUUUCACAAGUGGCGAUGGGGCCACGCUUGGGUACGCCACCCUGUCACUCUCAUUUUAAACGCUUUAUUUGAAUCCUCCAAGUACAUUCAGGUUCAAUGCAUACUGCUUCUAUUAUGCAACAUAAACACAUGAGUUACUAUCUGCUGCAUCUUUUACUGUCAGACAUUGUGAAUCGAGGGAUUUUCUCUCUGUGAUUAACGUCACCACAGAGUCCUUAUUGGCUUCACAAACACUGCGCUGCUGUCGGAGGGCCAAAAUCCCGAUUGAUUACAGUAAUCUCGCACACUGGCAAUAUUCCUAUCUGCACUGUCUCCCUUAAUUCUUAUGUGCCUUUUGGAGUCCUCCUCAAAGUGCCAUAACAGCAGUGUGUGAUGACAUCCCUACACUCACCUCCAGUCAGUUGCUGUGUCUGUGUUGAAUGGUUUAUCGUGCUACUCCCUGUCACACGUGGAUAAAAUACACACUGUGGGGCGAGUUCACAAAGAAUUGCGCAUCGCUUGCAACCACUCUCUGCCUCUUCUCAAGGUCUGAAACGAUACUGCGCGGAUGACAUUACAGUGCAAACAUGCCCAUAAAGUUCUGCAGCUGGGUGCAAUUAGAUUUUUUGUGUGUGACUGCAAUUAUCCAUGUGGCAAUGUAUAAAUAUUGUCUUUGCACUGUGUUCAAAAAGAGAGGAACACAACAUGUGUGGAUCUUUACUGGUCAGUACCAGCAGGGAGUCACAAAAAAACACAAAGACAGAAUUACAGUAGAUGUGAUGUGGAGAAAAAAGUUCAUAUGGUUUGAAAAUGUAGAAACCAAAUUAUCCUUCCAGCCUCUGAUUUGCUCAUAGAUAUUAAAUGUUGUAAAUCACAAAUUCUGCCAUUGUUAAACCUAAUUUCGUCAGGGUUUUUUUAAAUUUAUUUUCCCAUCAGACUAGUGAAUUUGCUUUUCUUAGUCAACGGUUGGUUGAUCCACCUGUUGUUUGCACUGAUCCGUUUUUUGGUUGUUGUUGAAGACUCUCAAUCCUGGUUGCUGUUAUGUUUUAUCAAAAGGUUGUGAGAAAACCUUUGAUGGAAGUAAAGGGCAAAAGACGCAAAAAACAAACUCAGUGUGCAAAAGGCCUUAACAGUGGAUCACUUGACUACUUAUAUAAGAGAGGAGUUGCUUGUAGUAACAACCCCACAAAGAACGAUCAGCUAACUCUGCAGGUUCUCUUAACUCUACAGAACAUUAACAUCUUUCAGCUCACAACUUUAGUGUUUCUGCUCACUCUCAUCACCUUGUUUCCAGAUGCAACAGGCAGCUGCUCUGAGCAGAAAAAGUUCUAAUAAACCCCUGAUUGCUUCCUGCUCAGCAUAAAACAGCAGACAGACACAGUUGGCAACUAGCUGGUGAACAUAGUGGAGCAUUUAGCAGCCAAACAGCCAGAGAUUUCCCUCAGGAGUUGGUGGAGAACAAAAACACAGCUAAAGGGAGUGAAUAUUGGACUUCCAUUCACCAGGUCACCAGAAUCACAACUAAACAAGUUGUACAAGCUUGCAUCAAAGUGCCUAAAAAACAGUUCUAGCUGGAGUGCAGGACUUUUACAUAUAAAUGAACGUCUCUUACAUUUAAGCCUGUACUAAACAGAAUCACACAAUGCUGAUUAGGCCUACUGUAGCCACUGUAGCUCUCUGUAUUUCAACUGUGGUGUCUGUGGAGACUUUCCUGCACUGGUGCACCAAAAAUGGUGCGUUUUACGUCAACCAGACAGAGUUAAAGAGGGCAGGAAGUGGGGAGAGAUGGCAGCAGAAGAUCUAGAGAAGUAUCCAAGAAAAGUUCCUGAAGUGGAUGCGCCAGAUAAAAAAGAAGCUCUGCGUUUAGAGGAAGGAAUACAUUUUAAAAAAGACUUGACAAGCAAGUUCCUGGGGGUGGGGGAGAUGCAGUGGGCUUUCCUGUAGGCAUACGUCAGUGUCAGGGGCCUUCAUCUGCAAAAUGUCACUCAAAUUUAACACAUACCAAACAGGAAGAGACAGAAAACCACAAAAAGAUGCAUAAUGACUAUAAAGAGAUGCAGAACAACAAUAACAGGGAGGCAAAACCACAAGGUAGGAGAGGUGGUGGGGCCUUUUGCAGAUCUUUGCCCAGGAGCCAGUUGUCUCGUAAUCCACCCGUGGUCAAAGGCACAUGUUCGACAGUGUUCGUGUAAUUACUCCCACUGCCAGAGGGGGGAGAUAAAAGUUCUACACUCCAGCUUUAAGUGCCUAAAUAUCUAUUUUUCACUGUGUCAAAAAAUAGUCGGUCACAGUCUCUGAACUGUUCCUGUUUUGUACUUCUUGACGUUCACUUUCCACACAGCAACAAAGCCAACAGCUGAUUCUUCACUGCUCGGCGCAAUUAAUACACUACAGUAAAAUCAAUAGCACGAAUUUGAGCACAAAUCACAGUUGGAGGCUGACCAGGUUUAAAAGGUCACGAGUGAGGGAACUGAGACGUGUUUGAGAAGGCAGCUCGACUCACACUGCGAGUUCAAAUCAGCGAUGGUGGGGGAAGAAAAAAAAAAUCCAAUAGGAUAAAGAUUAUUAAUAUAAAGUGGCAGUGUGAACUCUAUGCAUCAGUUUUAUAUCAGUGUGUGGAGAUGGGAAUUUAAUAAUAUUGAUUACAGGCAUGAGUUGGACCCCCCCUGUGUGCCUCAUUGAGUGUUGAGUGGAAAAUGACAUUGAAAUUCAUUGAAUGAAGUGACCGUGAUGAGGUGAACAUCAGCUCACUGUGUGUCUUUUCUGCUGCUCUGUUAACUGUAUAUGAAGUGUUUUGAUCUCUAUACUGCUACAGAUGUUGUAGCUAUGCUGUUGAAUCUUUAUGAUGAAAAUGUUUAAUUGUACUGUACAUUUACUGAUGACUACUUCUGAUUGAGUUUGAACUGCUGUAUUUUUUAAUUCUGUUUACCAACAGCACAUAAACUGUGAUUGUCUAGUGAGCUACUUUCCGGCGAUGGGAGACCUCCUCUCAUACGGUGACAAUGAAUUGUUGUGUGUAGACUCGGGUGGAGGAAGUGGGCAAAUAUUUUUUUUCUAGUUAAUAUUAAAAGCAAACUUUGGAAUACACACACACAUACACACC